CUCACUCCCGUGAGCGCCGUGGGGGCUACCGGGCAGGGCGAGCUGGCCACAGCCCUGGAGAACCCCCGCUCUGGGCCCCGCCGCCCGCUCCUGCGGGUGGUCUCGGCCUGCGCCUCGCACUGGCGCGGGUCCCUGCCGGCAGCGGCCAGGCCAGGCCAGGCCAGACGAGGCAAGCCGGGCGGGCUCGGGGAGACCCGCCGCUGCACCCCUCCCCGCACCAGAGGGGACUGCUGGGACCUUGCCAACCGCAUCCCCACACUGGCCCGGCCCCCGUUCUCCGCGGACCCGCUCGCUGCGCCUUUAAUGACGGCGGCUGCGCCGCGGCGGGCGGGCUGCGCGGCGGGACUGAGCGGCGCGGCGGCGUCUCCCGGCCGCGUCUUUCAGCGCCGCAGGCGAGUGGGCGGUGCGGGGCCUCCGCCGGCAGCAGAUGGGGUGGCGGAGCGCGGGGUGUCGGCGUGCCGGGAGGGCCCCGCGGGCGAGCACCUGACGCGGUUGGCGACGGCUUGGCUGCGAGCGGGCAGUCCUGAAAUGGCGAAAGCUCCGCGGCCAGCUGGCUCACGCCGAUUCAGUGGUGCUCAGUGGCACAUGCAGAAUGUCCUCAAAGACUCUGUGGAGAGCUCCGAUGAUGAAUUCUUUGACGCACGAGAAGAGAUGGUGGAAGGAAAAAGUGCCAUUCUCAUAGGCAUGAGCCAGUGGAACUCUAAUGACCUUGUUGAGCAGAUAGAAACAAUUGGGAAGCUGGAAGAAAAUCAAGGUGAAGAGUCUGCAUUUUGCUCAUCUGGCUUUCUACAGGAAAAACAGCGUGAAUUCUAUAGAGCCUCUUCAAGAAAACAAAGGUUCCAGGCACAAGGCAGUAUUGAAAUACAUGAGGACAGUGAGGAAGGAGUUCAACACCAGAACUGCAAAACUCAUGUGUUAAUUUUGAUCCUACAUGGGGGAAACAUCUUAGACACUGGAGGUGGGGACCACAGCAGCAAGCUGGCAGACGUCAACACCUUCAGUUCUGUGGUCGAGAAAGUGACCCGAGCCCAUUUCCCUGCCGCUUUGGGCCACAUCUUAAUCAGACUCGUUCCCUGCCCAGCAAUCUGUUCAGCAGCUUUCUCUCUUGUUUCCAAGAAACAAUAUUCCAUUGUGAUGGUUGGAUCCCGUUCUUUGAUGUACCUAAAUCCCUACAGCUAUGAUGAGAGCUGUCUCAGCAGCAGUGAAGACCACAUCCCACUGGCUGCCUUGCCCUUGCUGGCCAUUUCAUCCCCUCAGUACCAGGAUGCAGUUGCCAUGGUGAUCAGUAGAGCCAAUCAAGUUUACAAUGAAUUUCUCAAAUCUACAGAUGGGGCUGGUUUUAAUGGACAGGUGUGUCUCAUUGGUGACUGCAUUGGAGGAAUUUUGGGCUUUGAUGCCAUCUGCUGUAGUUCUAAUACGGCUGACGAGAGUCGGAACAGUAGCAGGAGAGGAAGCAUCAGCAGCAUCCAGGAUAAUCCCCUCUUAGCAGAGGACUCAAGUCUGAGUGGCAGCAAACGCCUGAGCAAAAGCAAUAUUGACAUCUCGGGAAUCAUGGAGGAUGAGAAGCCAAGGCAGCCGUUGCCUAGGAAACAGAGUGACUCAUCCACCUAUGACUGUGAUACUAUAACCCAACAUCAUGCUUUCCUGUCUAGCAUCCACUCAAGUGUGUUGAAAGGUGGUGCAGACUUUCCUGCUGUGAAUUCCAGUCUCUCAGAAGUAAACCUGGGCCGAUUUGAAUUCGAGGUGUCUGAUUUCUUCCUCUUUGGAUCACCGCUUGGUUUGGUGCUGGCCAUGAGGAGUACUGUUCUGCCUGGCCUGGAUGUGUGCCAGGUCCGCCCAGCCUGCAGCCAAGUGUACAGUUUCUUUCACUCUGCUGACCCCUCUGCCUGCAGACUUGAACCAUUGCUGGAGAAAAGAUUCCAUCUCCUGCCUCCAUUCAGUGUCCCACGGUACCAGAGAUACCCACUAGGGGAUGGAAGAUCUCACCAGUUAGGUGAUGCUAUCCACAACCACAGUGCUCUGUUCCUUGAGAACAGCUCUUUGAACAUACCGUUCUCUCAGGAGAGUCCUGGAUCUCCAAACACAUCUGAUCAACCACAAGGAAAAACAAGAAAGUUGAGCUUGGCCAGCACAAACAGUGAAAACUCAGGGUCAACAGAAAGCUUGCCAUCAGCAUACCUCACCAACAUUACUACAAAGUGGUGGGGAACAAAACGAAUAGAUUAUGCCUUGUAUUGUCCAGAUGUGCUGACAGCCUUUCCAACUGUGGCCCUGCCGCAUCUCUUCCAUGCCAGCUACUGGGAAUCAACAGACGUUGUGGCCUUCAUUUUAAGACAGUUAAUGAGGUAUGAAAAUGUAAAUUUCAAGGAAAAUGACAACCUGGAUCCAGCAACACUAAGUCCAUCCAAUCCACGAGAAAAAUGGCUACGCAAAAGGACACAUGUCAAAUUGAGAAAUGUAACUGCUAAUCACCGAGCUAAUGAUGUCAUUGCAGCAGAAGAUGGUCCUCAGGUACUAGUUGGGCGCUUUAUGUAUGGACCUCUGGACAUGGUAGCUUUAACAGGUGAAAAGGUUGAUAUCUUCAUAAUGACUGAGCCAUCUUCGGGUAGGUGGGUGUACUUUGACACAGAGAUAUCCAACAGCAGCGGCCGGAUAUCCUACAACAUACCCAACCAGAAGAGACUGAGAGUUGGUGUGUAUCCCAUCAAAAUGGUGGUCAGAGGGGACCAGAGCAGUGCCACAAGUUACCUGACUGUGCUUCCCCGAGGAAUGGAAUGUGUUGUGUUCAGCAUUGAUGGUUCAUUUGCAGCAAGUGUUUCAAUUAUGGGAAGUGACCCCAAAGUCCGAGCUGGGGCCGUUGAUGUUGUCAGGCAUUGGCAGGACCUGGGAUAUCUGAUUAUCUAUAUUACUGGCCGUCCAGAUAUGCAAAAACAGCGUGUGGUUUCAUGGUUGUCUCAACACAACUUCCCACAAGGGAUGAUCUUCUUCUCAGAUGGACUUGUUCAUGACCCACUGCGACAAAAGACCAUUUUUCUCCGGAAUCUCAUGCAAGAGUGCCACAUCAAAAUCUGUGCCGCAUACGGUUCCAUGAAGGAUAUUUCUGUGUACAAUGUCUUGGCUCUGUCGCCAUCCCAGAUCUACAUAGUUGGACGAUCAACAAAGAAAUACCAGGCACAGUGUCAAUUCCUCAGUGAAGGUUAUGCAGCCCACUUGGCCUCGCUGGAGUUCAGUCUCCAUUCACGACCCAAAAAGAACAACUCUCGGAUGAUCUUGAGAAAAGGCAGCUUUGGCCUCCACUCCCAACCUGAGUUUUUGCGCAAGAGAAACCAUCUCCGCAGGACUAUGUCUGUACAGCAACCUGACCCACCUUCUUUGAACCCCAAGCCAGAGCGUGCCCAGAGCCAGCCUGAAUCAGACAAAGAUCAUGACAGGCAUUUGCCCUCCAUUGCUUGGGUUCGAGGUGGAGUUCACAAAUUUGAAUCUAUCCCCUAGGAAGCUUGGGAAUAUAGAUCUUGGGUGCACCUCAUUAAACUUGUAGGCAUGCCUCAAAGAUAUUAUUUAGGCAGCUUCAAACUAAGAGCUGUAGAGGGGAACCUGUACUUUGGAGUCUUCCCUGUUCUGGAAUCUGCCUUCUUACACCAACUGGGGAAUUUCUAGUCAGUUCCUCUUGACAUGUUUAUUGGGAAAUUUUAAAACAAUCUAAAACUAUCGCAAGUGCUUAUAACAUCAAAGCAACAGGAAAUAUCUUUGGUUAUUUUUUACAACAGAUACAAUAAAAUGUGCAAUAAGAGAAAAAGCUGUAACGAGCUGAUUUUACUCAGAAGGAUUGUGGUAAUCAGCUAACUAGCUGCACCCAAACCAGUAUAAACAGUAGGUCCCAUAGGUUACAGAGAAGGUUUACACUUUAAACAUUAAAUAGUUGUAUCUGUUUCCACUUGGCUUUCGAUAAAAUGAUACGCUUGCAAGGGAAGCAGAGGUGGGAACUACAAUAAUGGGUGGUCAGGGUUUGUACAGCAAGAUGCUUUUUGGGUGCCUUCAACCCAAGAUCUCCUUUCAGCUUACAGCGUUGGUCAACAGACCCCAACAUGGGCACUCGUGUUUGUGUGAGGUGCUGGACAUCAAGUAAAUGGGAGAACUCCACUUAUGAACCAAAUCAUUGAAACUUCAUGUUAGACAUAAAUGUGUCUGCCACAGUUUGAAGCAGUUAGUGUUGCUGUAUACAAAGUAAUGUGCAAGUGUACAAAGAUCACGUUGUUUUGUGGAACUUGGUGACUGUGCAAAAUGUGCGGACUAAUCCGAGUAAGGAGAUGACUCUGACCAUCUCAGUCCGAGAGACAGAUCCUAAGGUGGUAAGCUAAAGGGAGCCCUUUUACUAAGGGACCUGCAAACUUCAGAGCAAUCACUUCUCGUUAUUCUAACUAGGAUCUUUACACUAGAGGAGGAGAAAAGUAAUGGAAUUCCUAUGGGUAAAUUUUUUACCUUCUCAUGCUUUAUAGCAACUGGUAUGUUAAGGCAAUCUAUAGCAUUCAGAAUUGAAGCUCAAAUGCUGUAAAGAAUGGAUAUGCCAAAUUACAGGUGCCAAAUAGACGUUUUCCUACUGAAUUAAAUUUAUCUCGGAUCUCUCAGUUUACUGUAAGUGAAAUGUGUGGAAUUUUCCCUAAGCGGUAAUAUUUCUGAAGUGUUGUAGUUAGUUUAACAUAAUAGCAAUUUGCAGAUUCUUCAUGCAGAUAAAUUCACCAAGAGAACUUACAUGACUGAACAGAACCAUGUUUUAAAACCUGCAAUGAAGUUACAGGGGCACAUAAAACCCCUUUCCUUUAAAAGUUUAAACCAGACUAUUGACACUGAAAAAGCUUGAAGUCAAUAGGAGAUUUCUUUUUCAAGUUUGUUUAGUUUUAAUUUCGGGGAGUUGGGGUGGAGAGGGUGUCAUGCCAUCCCUCUCCUUACUUUCAGGUUCUCCUAGUCUGUAGCUUAGACCAGAAACAAUCUCUCAACAAAUCUGUUGGUUAAUGAUUUUGAAAGUUGACAUGUGAAGCAAACAAGAAAUGCAAUGGAAAACUAUUAAGACAGUGCAGAAGUAAACCUAAGUCUGUACUCCCUAUUGACCCAAGAGUUUCAGUGUGCUUUUUUGAAGGGCACAGUAAUGUGGCUUUUGCCGUAAAAGGCAGCAAAGUAGCUUAUAAAUGGAGAUCUUUGAUUUUUUUUUUUUUUUUUUCCUUUUAUACAUUGCUUGUCAAGAUUGUUAGUUACCUAUCUCAAACUUCCUGAAAGAUCUCUGGCACAUCAGUAAUUUGGUUUUUAUAAUGCUUCCUUUAAGGGAAGGGGUGAUCUUUGCUGAAGAUUUAGGAAAGAUAUUAAGAAUUUGGUAGCUCACACUAAUUGGGAGCAGGUAACUACAUUACAGGAGGCUGGGCUUUUAUGCUCUGUUGCCAAGUGAGCCAGCUACAAAAGCUAAAUGAAAGAUAUCCACAAACUACAUUGAAGCAGUCUUCAGGUUUACAAAUGCUUUCCUAGUAGUAUCACACCUCGUUCUUUAACCCACAGACUUGGAGGAAUUAUUCUGUAUUCUGUCUUGGCCCACUGUGUGUAUUAAUUCUAAUCAUGUAGUCUGACUAGAUAGAAGGAAGAAAUUUUUUACAAUGAGGAUGGUGAAACUCUGGAACAGGUGGCCCAGAGAAGUGGUAGGUGUUCCAUCCCUGGAAAUAUUCGAGGUCGGGUUGGACGGGGCUCUGAGCAACCUGAUCUAGUUCAAGAUGUCCCUGCUCAUUGCAGGGGGAUUGGACCAGAUGACCUUUAAAGGUCCCUUCCAACCUAAACCAUUCUGUGAUUCCUUCUGCUGUCCUUUGCAGCUAGGAGAUUGCACAGGUACACCAGACUCCAUCUCCCUCCAGUCAGUUCACUGUUAGCAUGCUCCUGCUUCUUUAAUAGGUGUGGGAAUCCAAGGCUUGUGAGGGAGGAACUCACUAGGCAAAUUUUAAAUUUGUUGAGGGGACCUAAAAGCAACAUUGAUCGCAAAGUUCUUUGUAAGCACUGGCCGUUGUGUAGCAUGUCUCCUGACAGUAAUCACUGUUUGUGCUGCACAGUUCGAAGAUAAUAUUGCUUUAGCCAUCUACCUCUACCAUCCAAGAGACUCCAAAAUCUAUUUUUCAUUUUAAGUUGGUAUAGUAGAAGGGCCUACUUCCUUUCAAAAGAGGGAUCUGCGUGUAAUUUUGUGACUGUAUUAAAGCAACUAGCAUCUGAGCACAAGGUUAGAGAAAUCUCCUAGGUCUGUCUUUUGCAGACACGAGGUCAUUUUGCUGGGUACCAUGUCAUGAAAACUGUGGGUUUGUGUAUUUCUAUUAAUAACUGGGUCACCUGUACAGUAGUCACUGUGCUGGCUUCUCUUAAGAAUAUUAUGAGCUAAUAGUAGUAAAACAAAUGCGUGUGUGUGUGCGUGUGCAUGAUUUAGAGUGGUAACAAUUUCAAAGUUUCUAUACAUGGUAUUGAAAUGAAGCUGAAAAUAUUUUCCCUAACUUCGUUUCCUACAAUAUCUGAGAGCUCACGUGGCCUUUGCAUAAUUCCAACACUACUUCUUGCUCAGGGAUAGAAUGGUUUAUCUCCUGAUCACAUGCCUCCGGCUGAGCACUUUGGCAAACAGUGAUACAAACAUUAGCUUGGAGGUUAGGGCUUCAUGUUAAUUAGGAGCUGAUCUUCUGAAACAUCAGAUGCCAGAUGCAUUUGUUUUGUAAGCACUAGCCUGUUGCCACUAAAAUGGUAAAACAACUUUUGUUGGAGCUGAGAGUAUGAACAAGAUGAGUGUGAUUUUAGACAUCUCACAACUAGGCUGGCAGAACAAAUAUUCUGUGGCAAUGGCUGGGAACCUCAUGCACGUUGAACCACCAGCUUCCCCCCCCCCUGUCCCCAGCUAUGCUUGGAGUGAUCCCUGAGGUUUGCCUGAAGAGUCACUAGUUUUAUAGCAUCAUUUUUCAAUUGUGUUUUCUCUUGAAACAUUUCCUUCUGGUCAGAAUUUUAGUUACACACCUUGUCCACAUGAAACUGCAUGCAGCGGUUCACGGGUAUUCAGUUUGCAAUUGGAUUUCAGUUUUACUUGUGCUUCCGUGGAAGGAUUAUUAGUCCUCCUCAGCAGGCCAUUUGCUGAGGAUAAGCUUGAUCCCACAGUCGUCUUAUUCUCUGAUUGCAAGUACUCAUCGCUGCAGUCUCUGUGCAGUCAGCACUUAACCUUUAUAGGCUACGGAAGUGUUAAAAGCAUCCACAGAAGGGAAAGGGACAGAGAAGUCAGGCAGGAAUGGUGGCUGCGCAGGGAACACAGGUUAGACUCAUCAGUAGUUUCAGCACCGUCAGUGCCUCCAGGCUGUUAGAGAAAAGCACAUUCUUCCAACCUGCUGAAUGGAGGAAGCGUAAGUCGAACUGUAAAACACAAAACUGUUAAUCCAGUGGGGUGCUAAGGCAGAAGUACAAGUCAGUGCAAAGUAGGCCACAGUUGGAAGCAUUUACUUCCUUGCCCUGUUGAUACGGAUCCAGUUUUAAAUUACUGGAAAAAAAAAAAAAAAAACAACCCCAACAACAAAAACCCCAACAAACAACGGCUGUUUAUUCAAUUUUGUUGUCUAGUUAAGUAAGUUUGAAAAAAGGUAUCAUUGUAUAGAAUGCAGAAUAUUCCACAAACCUUAAUAGUGAUGUUGAUCCAAAUCUGCUUAUUUUGAAUAACUUAAAAAAAGUUUGCAUACACUAAUGCUCUUGGGAACAGAUUCUUGCUUGACCAAAGUAGUUUUUGUGGCAUGGUUUAUUCAGCAUAAAAUUUUGUUAGGUGUAAAAAUGACGUGGCAUUGAUAAUUUUUCUUGUUCAUUGGGGUUCAUGAGAGCUGCCAUUUUGAUUUGUUUACAUGAAAAUAGACUCUUAAUUCGUACAGAUUAUUUCACCCGUUCCUCUAGUACCUAGGGAAGUCACUUCUAAAUGGAGUUAAAACUGUCACUGGUUAUGCAGAGUGGAAUUAUCAGUAAACUAGAGAAAAAAAGUUACACACCUUAAUCUACUAUUAAAAUAAGCAGAACAAAAUAAGCUUUAUCUGGAAGCUCCACCAUUCUGCAAAAUAGCCUUUGUUUGCCAUUAUUAGUGAACAAGUUGUCCCACGUAUACAUUGCGGUCUUUGGGCCAGGGCACUACUAAUGUGUGUAUUUAAGUAAAUCCCCAAUACAUGGGCCUAUAGUAUCAUCAUAUACUUCACAGAAUAAAUUUAGAAGGGAUAAAAAGAAAUUUUUCCUUCUUCCUAUAUUGUUUCCUGCCUUAAAUUUGCUAAACCCUCUGUUUAUUAGCAUUUUUAAUAAUACUUGUAAUCAACAGGUAUUUUCAGGUUUUAAAAUUUGUAAGUGCAACAAUUGUUACUGAACAAAUAGGAUUUUCCCCAGGCUUUUUUCUUCCUCUUGCAUCUAAGCCACAGAAAGGUGAGUACGUCAUAAAAGUACUAGAUGAUUUGAGUAUGGGCACCUUUUUAAUAAGCUGAUUGGCUUAAUAAUGGAGAGAAGAGACUGUACACUGCAAUUUCAUCAUUUUUCUGGUUCGAGCUUGAAACGUGGGAUCUGAACUCAAGAUUGCUGCAUUGAAUUGUUCCUUUCAGGCAUGCAGGGGAGAAAGUGUCACUUUCCAUCCUCAUCUGGAACUGGUACAGGAUAGACUUCUCAUAAACACAAAACUUUCCAACUUACCUCCUCAGCUUCUCUAAGAGCAAUGAUUCCUCGUGGUUUGUGUUCAUAGCUUCAGCAGAAGUUGUGGGUUUAGCAAUGUAAUUUGAUUUCCAUGACAUUUAAUCACUUGAGUGUAAAUACAGGUUUCUACAGAUGAUCCUAAAUUCAGUCCCCCAUAAAAAAAUGGACAUAAUAACACAUUUUUCUGGCUGAAGAGAGCUCUUUUUUUCAGAAGUAAGAAAUGGCCUGGAGCAGCUAGAAUCCUGUGCCAUGGACUCUGGAAUCGAAGUCAGGUGUUGGUAUUUUCUCUUUUUCCUCAUUUUAGUUCAAGCCCAAGGUAAGCGGAUUACAGUUUACCCUCUACUUGUAUUGAUCUCAAUAAGCUGCCUAAUUGGGGGGAUGGGACACCACGAAACAAAUUUGGUAGUUCCUUUCUCAUUUGUAAGGAUAUACAGAACUUGGGGGGGGGGGAGAGAGGCAAGUUCACUGUGACAUGCUGGGAGAUGGUAUACCAGAGAUUACAAUGUUGAAACAUAAUUCACAGAUUGCAAGCUUUAAAGAGAAGGUUAUUCUGGGAGGACUGGUGUAGGGCCCAGAAUGGCAGUCCUCUCACAGAACCCCAAGCCUUCUGCAUAACUUAUUUUUCUAUUUGUGGGGGAGGGAAGGGGGCAGUCCACUUACAACUGAAUUCAUACAAGGAAACUUGAAAUUGUACAUGUUCUUUCCGUCUAUAGUUUUAUUAAGUGCAUACUUUUAAAUAUUGUUUGUCAGUGAGAAGGUUCUAUCUGGUGACAAAUGUUUAUAUUUCUUAUGGCUGCCUUGUAAAGAUUCAAAAAUGUACAAUAAUGAAUUUCUUAAUAUGAACUAAGGAGUAAGAUUUCUACAACUGGUAAAGAUUUUGAUGUGAGCUGGUUUUUAAAAUCUUAUAACAGAUUAGUCACUUAAAUAAAACCUUCCUUGCCUUU